GCAGCAAUAACAACCGCCUCUCUCUCUCUCUCUCUGUGUGAAGAUUUUAAAUAGCAAAGAGAAAACCCUGAAAGAAGGGGAUAAAAGCUUAAAAGGGGAACCCCCAUUCUUCACCUUUCAAACUAAAUAUUCCAUUUCAUUUCAUUUCUCUCUCUCUCUCCCUCUCUCUCACUUACUUCAAUUUUCCUCUUCUUCUUCUGAAUCUUAAGAGAGAAGAGGCAUUCUACUUCAAAGCUUCAAUCACAAGAGGGAGAACACAGCAGAAAAGCUUAAAGUGAAAGCCCUCAAUUCCAUUUCUGUUCCCUCUCUCUCUGUGGCUUCACUUCUUCUCUCUAAGAAAGGAGGAUGAGUAACAAACAGGAUUUCAUGAAGAUUCAGGCCUGUGCUCUCAGAGUAAACAUUCACUGUGAAGGAUGCAAGCAGAAGGUCAAGAAAAUCCUUCAGAAAAUUGAUGGAGUUUACACAGUGAAGAUAGAUGCAGAACAAGGGAAGGUCAGUGUGACAGGAAAUAUAGAUCCAGCUAAACUGAUACAAAAGCUUGAGAAAUCUGGGAAGCAUGCUGAGCUAUGGGGGGCUCAGUUAAAUCCAAGCAAUUUCAACAACAACAACCAGUUCAAGAGUAUGCAGUUUCAGAAUGUCAAAGGAGGAGGAGGGGGAAAAGACAACAACAUGAUGAACAACAAGUUUCAGAUGGAGAAGGCUUUUCUUCAACAACAACAACAACAACAACAACAACAAUUGAAGGGCUUCUCCAACAACAAAGGAGGUAACCACAAUCUUAACAAUCUCAAUAAUCUCAUGGCUCCUCCAAAAGAUAAGAAGUCUGUUAAGUUCAACUUGCCUGAGGAAGUCUCUGAUUUUAGUGGUGAUGAGUUUGAUGAUGAGUUUGAUGAUGAAUUUGAUGAUGAAGAUGAUGAGUUUGAUGAUGAAGAUGAUGAACAAGAGUUUGGCCAUGGUCAUGGCCACGGACAUGCUUUACCAAACAAAAUGAUGCCUAUGAUGGGGAAAGGAGGAGGGUCUCUUGGGUCAAAUGGGCCCAUGGGACCCAAUGGGAUGAUUAAUUUCAAUAUGAUGAAUAGUAAGAAAAGUGGGGAUGGUGCUGCCAAGAAGGGUGAAGUUAUUGACUUCCCUGUUAUGAUGAAGGGUAACAAGGGUGGAGGAGGAGGGAAUGAAGGCAAAAACAGUAAGGGAGGAGGGAAGAAAGACGGUGGCGGUGGCGGUGGCGGUGGCGGUGGCGGUGGCGGGAAUAAGAGUAAGAGCAAGGGAGGAGGGGAGCAGAAGAAAGAGGGGAAGAAGGGGGGUGGGUUUCUGGGGUUGGGUAAAAAGGGGCUGUUUGGUUUUGGUGGUAAAAAUGGGGGCAAAAAAGAGAGUGGCCACAGCAAGAAGAAAGGCAGCAGCAAUAAUAAAAGUUCAGAAGGUGGUGGAGGAGGAAAACAUAAUGGCAAUGGGGCCAAAAAAGGAGGCAAAAAUGAUGGCCUCCAUGAAUUUGACAAGCUAGAUAUUGGCUUCCAUGACCUUGAUAUUUCCAAACCAAGCAAAGGAGGAAAGGGUAAUGGUGGAAAUGGUAAGAGUAUGGGGCAGAUGGGCCAAAUGGGCCAUGGUAAUGCAAACAAGAGCCAGAUGGGGCAGAUGGGGCAGAUGGGGCAAAUGGGGCCUGGUGGUAUUAAUAGGGGCCAGAUGGGCCCUGGUGGUGCCAAUAUGGGCCCACCAAUGGGAAAUUAUCCAAUGACUCAGAUGGGUAACAUUCCAGCAGUACAAGGUCUACCAGCACAACAAAUGAUGAAUGGAGGAGGAGGAGGGUAUUACCAAGGAAUGGGACAGGGGAACCCUUACAACCCACAACAACAACAGUACAUGGCCAUGAUGAUGAACCAACAAAGAGGAGUUGGAGUUGGGAAUGAUAUGUUCCAACCCAUGAUGUACUCCCGGCCGAACCCAGCCGUGAACUACGCCCCGCCACCGCCGAUGUUCCCUCCAGUCGCAACCGACCAGUACACACACUUCUUCAGCGACGAAAAUACUGAUAGUUGCAGUAUCAUGUAAAUUUUUGCCCCAAAAAAACAACUCUUCCCUUUCCUCUCCCCCCUUUGGUUAAUUUUCUAGGACUAGUGCUUUUGUGGUAGCUAUAGCCUUAGCUGAAUGUAGAAAUGGGUGCAAAGUUUUUACAGUACCAUUGCUUGUGUUACUUGAGAAGAAAAAGAAAAUGGGAUCAAACUUUGAUUCAUUCACAGUUUAAUCCCUUCAAAGUUAAAACUCCACUCAGUAUUUUUACCGUUUCUUUUGUUUCUAUACUGACCUUUCAACUUGCAGAGGUAAUAAAAACAGAGCCCUUAUGGCUCCUCAGUACCUUUAUUGUGA